GUGAAGUGUCACGUUUGAGAUGUCAGAAGAUUGGUGUGUGUUCGUGCGAGAGCACCAAAGACAUUGGUUCGAAAUGCAUUUCAGUACAGCGAAGAAGAUUAUACUGUGCUAAUAUAUGCAGCGGUUCUUAUGCGGUCAGUUGAAAAGCUGUGUUUGCUCUGUGCACUUCCAUACGAUUUUUAAGUCAGAGUGAUUCGAUCAAUUUAUGAUUGAAAUCGGAUUUUCGGCAUUUUUUAAACAAUAUUUCUUCAAUAAAACACAAAAAUAACUGAGAUAAAUUUGAUCGUCAUUGAAAUUCGUUUGGUAGUGAAAUAGUAUGAAUCACACAUCUUCGUGUUAAUGCAGCAGACACUUUCAAUAUUGAAUGAGUGACGAUGCUGAGUGAGCAUAUCAUUUCUGCAAAUACACGCGAUUAACUUUGAAGUGAAAAUUGUUUGCAGCAAAACGGCAAUAGAUUGCAAUCAGUUUGAUCAGUUCGAUUACAUUGGAACCCGUUGAAAAUGGAUCAGAGUGUAAUUCGGAAAGUGAAAUUGACAUCGUUGCGAAUUGUCGAUUUCAAGAAGCUGCAGAAGGGACUCCUCUCUUGGAAUAUUCAACCGGUGGGAACCUUUGGUGUAAUCAGCGUCAAAGAUUUCUAUGAACGAACGACGCUGUUUCAAGCAUUCCAAUUUGGUUUUGGCCACGAUACUGAUGCUCAAAAAGCCGAGGUCAUUGUGACAUUGCAACGUGGCAACGGCGUGGGUCAGGUGGAAACAUGGCAUUUCAAGCAUUCAAAGAAAGUGGUCCAUGGUGUGGCACAAAUGGCAUAUGGAAUACAGAUCGAUGGUGUCGAUGACGCUUUUCGAGCGGUCGAGCAAAAGGAGUAUUUCAAUCAAUUUGCCGAGCUCAAGGUGUGUGCAUUAACACAGCCAUUUUGUUUUGGAGGUGGCAUAAAAAACGCACUCGCCACAAGCCACAUCGAUUUGCGUCCAUUUUUGGAGAUGUAUUUGAUGGGAAAAGAGCAAAACAAUGACUACGACGAAUUUGAUGGGUCGGUAGAAAUGUUGAGCGAUCAGAAAAAGGUGCUGAGUGCAUGCAACAAGAAAAUCAAGCAAACCCAGGAAGCAUUCAACAAACAAGUUGAAAAAGAAAAAUGCGAGACCGAUGGGAAGCGUGAUUUGUGGUUGCUACAGUUGUUUUUCUAUCAUACAUAUGCGGCAGUUUUGCGUGACGAAAUAUUUUCACUGCGUCAGCAAAUUGACAAUGGAAACGAUUUGCAAGGCGUCGAGCUUCGUAGGCGAAUUCUCCAACGGGAUGAUGAUUUCACUGCAAAUGGACUUGUGGAACUGGCAAAAAUGGACUGGAAAUCGCGUCUUGAUGCACAACGCAAAACCAUUCAAGAUAAAAUUGAAGAGGAAGCCCGAGUUUUGAGCAUGACCAAUAUAAAUGCUGCCAAACAAUUUGGCGAAGCAUACGCUCAGUUCGAACACGACAACUUGGAUUUGAUCAUCAAAUCGGAAGACGAACGAUUCGACCUUUUGUUGGCAGAGUAUGGCAAAGUGGGAACCGAUUGGAAGACGAACGAUGGCAAUGGCAAUAGUCCAUGGUGCAAGCAGCUAGAAGAUGCCAAGAAUGAAGCUGCAGCAAAACUUCAACGAGCCAAAUUGAGCGAUGCGGAAAUUUAUCAAUACAAGGGGGCUGGAUUCACACUCAAUCAUUACACUCGUCUACCGCCCUCUGAUGGCUUCUGCACUGUCGAAACGACGGAUUUUGAUCCAAAGAAUCUUCGCGAUGAGUGGGACAACGAACCAUUGAACGAACACGUUAUUGUUCAUAUUACUCGUGGUUACGAACACCUUGAACCAAAUCCAUUCGGACGUUUGAUUUCGAGGGAUGAUUCAGUAACGAACUUCGAUGUGCUCCAAUCAUUGUCGUCACUGAUGUUGGUGCAAAAUUCCAUUGAACAGAAGGAUUACUCGGAGCUGGGUGAGACUGUGAAACGCAUCAAGGAAAAAGGAUAUUCUGGAAUCUGGUAUCGCAAAGACGAUGCAGAAACGGCGACAAUGGACCAAGAGAAACACGAUCUUGAGAAUAAAGUCAAGGAAACAGAACAUGAACUGGCCGCAAAGUAUUCGGCGGAGUUCAAGAACAUCUGGUCAGAUCUUGGCUUCGGCACUGAUACAACGGAGAUUCUCAGUGGGAUUGAUUGCAUCAAACGUCAUCAGGACGUUUUUGCAACCAGUCAGCAAGCCGUACAGCAGCAAAUUGAUCUCUCCGAACAAAAGGUGGCCGAAUUGAAAUCGUACCAGCAGCGACUUGACACUGAUGAGUCGUUGCGGUUGGAUUUUCAUGAGCAAAUGACACUAGAAAUGUUCAUUGAAGCGGGCAAGAAAAUAGACGAAUCGCAUGAAUUAUUUGUCAAACAUGCAUGUAUCGACUCAUUGCUUCUUUUGAAAGAGGAAUUUUUGGAUGGCGCAACUCUGGCAAUUGAGCAUAUCAAUAUUGUCAUCUCGAAGUUGGUGUUGGACCUGCCAUUUGAUCCCACGAAAGAGACAUCACCGAAAGCCUACUUUGAUCAAAUCUCUCCUCGGAAUGCCUGCACGUUCGGUGGAGAUGCAUCGAUUGAUGAGAUUUUCAAAACUGUUGCUUCACAAAUCAGCAAGAUAGAAUUGGAAAUCGGACACAAAGACGGUCACAUCUUCCACAAUGAUCCAGAGCUGAACGCAUUGGCAAAGAAGAAUAAACGUGUCAAGAGAACGAUCAAUUCAAAGUUAGUUGUCGAAAAGCGUCAGGUGGCUGCUCGAGCUGAUGCGUUUGAGAAGCGCUUCCUGCACUUUGUCAAGGUUUUCAGUGAGAUGUCACUCUAUUGCCACUCAAAAUGGAAUAUGACAUUGACAUUGUCAUACGAAGAGCCUGCACUGAAGUCACCGAUAACCAUGCUGGUGACUGAUCCGAUGAUUGGUUUUGAUCCGAAGCAGAUCACAACGUUGAGCCAUCACGCUGCCGCUUUGGUUCUGAAGUUGGCCAUAAACCAGGCUAUUGGCUCACCGAUUCUGAUCAUUGACAGCCUUGAUUACAUCAUUAAACCAGCGUUAAUCGGUCCAAUCAUGAAGCUGUUGCAAAAUAUGACAACAUCGCAUGAAAUCCAAGUUAUCUCCAUGAUGGUGAAUCCACAGGAAGAAUUGACAGCCACCACUACACAUCACAUGUGGAUCAAUAAGACGGAUACGGAAGAAAUUGUUGAGACUACAGACCUUGUGGUUGUGAACAUUGAUGGAACGCGCGCAGCAUACGAUGAGGCCAGCGCAGCAUCGAAUCAACCAUCGAUGGAAUGGCAAUAAACAAUUCGUCAAGAAAUCGACAUCAAAUGACCAACUCAGUUCAAUUACAACAAAACUCUCAACGAUUCGUUGACAACGAACGGGCUCCUCAAAUAUUUCGAACAUGAGAAUACUUACAUUUUACGUUUAUUUUUCGUAUGACCUCACCAACAGUUUUGAUUUAGCUUUAAGAGAGAAAAAAAAUACCAUGAAAAAUGCGUUUGGUUCCAUUUUAUGUUCUUAUUUCAAUUUAAAUCGAUUUAUUAUCCAAAAAAUGUAGCAAAUUGAUUGCAAACGGCUAUAACAUAAACAGCACUAAAAAAUGUUUGAGUCGCAUUGAAAAAAGUGUGCCGUUCAAAUCGAAAUUUUUUAAUUCCCAUUAACAAAAACAACAGAAAAAAAUGUAUCUUCAUGUUUUACAAGAACCUCAAUCUUAAAUACAAUAAUUGGUAUCAAACAAA